GAAUGAGUUUAGUACAUUAUUAGCCUGCUGAGAGUGAGACAGUUGGUCUUGUGGUGGAGAGAGUGAGACAGUUGGUCUUGUGGUGCAGAGAGUGAGACAGUCAGAGAUCAGAGAUCAGUUUCGGGUCUGACAGGUGGAACCGGAACAGGAACCUGUUUAUUAUGAGCACGAGUUCAGGUGUUUUCAGUCCUGUGAUGAUUCCACAGUGUCUCUGAACUCAGUGAAACUCGUGUCACCUUCGACACCUGCCAUGACGGCUCCUGUGCCCAAGCCGAGAACCCGCUACAUGUUCAGUAAGAAUUCACAGAAUGGUUCCUCAGAGAGCAGUAAUGUUGUUAAGCAUGAAACUCAGACAGACAAUAAAAUAUCUGAAGUAAACGGCGCAGAAGUGAACGGAGGCUUGUGUGUCUCUCCCGCUGGUCUUCCUCGACUUAGAGAGACACACGACUCCAGUGGCGCAGACAUAGUGGAGAAAUUCCUGUGGCCGUCCUCGCCUCCUCAGAGCCCCGUAGCGUCUGAUGAUGAGGACUCCUCAGAAUGUGUGAAGGAGAAUUUUACAUCUGAUUCCUCGACUGAUGAAGGCCUCAUGACGCCCCUCACCCCACAGUCAGACACGGCUAAUAACCUCCACCCUCCUGAAGAAUGUCACAACUCCACCAACACGGAAAGCGCUCCUCAGGAGACGAAUUCUCAGCCUAAAAAUGCUGCUCUGUAUAAACCAUCAGCGCUGAAGAAACCGAAACAAACACCAAUCCCAAAGAAACCACGCGCUGCUACCAUCCGUGUGAGCCGGAGGAAAUCUUCAGGAGCAGCAAAGAACAUCACCCAGGCUGCAGAGAGCUCCUACAGAGAGAGCGCCGUGUCACGCUCCAGCUGGCUGGACGUCUGGAAGGGACGGAAACACAACGUGCUGUGGACCACGUUUGAUGGGCAGGUGAUGGCUCUGUGGAAGAAACGCACAGACAAGUUCUCUGAGUACGUGUUUCACGUGUCGAGCAUCACCAACGUGCACCAGCAGGACCGAGGACACUUCCUCAUUUACUUCCGCAAGAAGCACUUUGAGUUCAUGGCUCCCACUGAAGAUGUGAGGAUGGGAUGGAUUACAUCACUGCUUGCUUCCAGAGGAAGAGAAGCUCCAGCACCUCCUCUUCAUCAUGGCUCACUGACUAUGAAGGAACCACGUAGCAAAGUUUACUGCUCCAUCAGUGGACACAACCUGUGGAUAUACAACAGCAAAGAGGACUUUAAUUUGGGUCUUGGGAUGACAUUUGUGCAUAUGAACGUGGCCUCAGUAAAACAGACUGGACGCCACAGCUUUAGCCUCAUUACACCUUAUAAAGCAUUCAAUUUCUCAGCCGACUCUUCGAGAGACUUAGUGACGUGGCUGGAUCUUCUGAACGAGGUGAUCCGCAGUGCUCUGUCCUGCAGUGAGGUGGCGCAGCGCUUGUGGUCAAGUCCCUGGAAUAAAGUGUGUGCUGACUGCGGCAGUCCAAACCCGGAGUGGGCCUCCAUCAACCUGCUAAUGGUCAUCUGUGAGGCCUGCGCAGGAGUUCACCGCAUGAUGGGGGCAAAUAGGUCCAAAGUGCGGAGUCUGAAACUGGAUGUCAAAGUGUGGACCGAGCCUCUGAUUCAGCUGUUUGUGCUUUAUGGGAACAAAGCUAGUAAUAAUGUGUGGGGUCACAACGUCCCAGCAGUGGAUCAGAUCUCUCCCACUGCCGAGACACAACAACGAACUGCUUUCAUCAACGCCAAGUACUACAGUGGUCUUUACCGCAAAGCUCAUCCUCUCGCCUGCAGCCAAAAGCUACUGAACCAGAGAUUGUGUGAGGUGGUGUGUGGAGCUGACGUGGAGGAGACGCUCGCACUGCUGUGUUCAGGAGCCAAGGUUCUGGGUGGAGGAGGUCCAUCAGCCAUCACACUGGCGGAGAACGCAGGACAGGCUCUACAGACCGAGCUGCUCCGACACAACGAGUUUGUAGAAACUCCUGACUUCGAGCAGCAGACAAGACAGAAGAAAGAGCAGACAAGACUAGAAGAGCUCCAUGGAAGGCUGGAUGAUGAGCGCUUCCUCUUCUCUCAGGAGACCCAGUCAGCAGCAUGUGAUGUUCUUGACCUGAGGGAGGUCAUCUCUGUGUUCAAUCAGUCCACAGGACAAACCCAUGAGUUUGAGAUCCUGACACUGACAGACAGUCUCACCUGUACGGCAGACACGCAAGAAAUGCUGCUCAGUCACAUGCUGCACAUUAUCAAGGUGGUGAUGCCCAACCCCCCGAUGGAGGAGGAGCUUGACGGGGUGAUGGGCGUGUCCCAGUUAUCUCUGAGAGAAGGAAGUGGACUUAAGCACGCUGAGGUUUGGGUGAUGAUCCGACCAGGAGAAAUCAUUAUCUAUCCCAUACACACACACACACCCCGGACCCCUAUCACCCUCAACCAACACACAUGCUGCAAUUUGUGUUUGUUGGAGAACACAGUGGAGGUGAUUGCAGCAGAAAAGACGGUGUAUCUUCAGUUUGAACGUGAGGAGAGCUGCAGCAAAUUUUACACUCUGCUCUCCAGCGCCACCUCCAGUGACAGGAAGUCAUACCGUCGCUCCCUGUACACACUUCCUGCUGGGGUUACUGGGAGAGUUCCUUCUGAAGUGCAGCGCUGCAUCUCACACAUUACACUGUAUGGUCUGAAGGUGGAGGGUCUGUACCGCUGCUGUGGGUCCGUCACUAAGAUCUCAGAGUUGGUGGAGAAGCUGCACAAAGAUCCAGAAGUCGUUUUGGAGACAAAUGAAAUCUUUGUACAGGAAGUAGCCGGCACGCUAAAGCACUUCCUCCGCAACUCAACUCAACUCAUCCCCUCGUCUGAGAGAGAGAACUGGGUCAGCGCAGCGGCUCUCACUGAGGUCACUAGCAGACUGCAGGAGUAUCGCAGGCUGGUGAAACUCCUUCCUCCUGAUAACAGAGCUCUACUGUCUGCCCUGUUCAGUCACCUCAACAAUGUGCAGCUCUACAGUCAGGUGAACAAGAUGACAGCGAGAAACCUAGCGGUGGUGUUUGUUCCCACUCUGUUUGAGGAUUUGGCCAUGAACCAAAGCAUAGUACAUCUGAUGAGGGAGCUGAUCAUCCAUCACACACUCAUCUUUCUAGGAAAAGAUGAAACUCCAGUGGAAGAGGAAAUGAUCACUGCAUUGUAAAGGAAAGAGAAAUACAGAAUCUGUCUUUAUUUCUAAUCUGUUUUAGUCUGUAAACGUUAGUGUUUGAUUUCUGUGUAAAAGACACAUGUAAUAAUGAACAAAAACAAAAGGACAUUUUCUCUACUCACUUUUCUCUUUAUUACUGAAUCUGCUCAUACUGAGUAAAAGAUUUUUUGUCCAUUAA